GCCCCCCCGCCCCGCUUAUCCCCCGCGCCGCGAGGGAGCCGCCUCUGGGAUCGCGCCGGGAUUUGGGAUCGGCGGGGCCGGGCGGGGGCUCUGGGGCUGAGCGAGGACACCGAGCCGGGAGUUUGGGGUCGUCCGAGGUGGGAUAUUAACGUAGAAGGGUUUGUAGGGCGGCGGGGUUUGGCUCUUUAAAGGAGUUUGGGGGGGUCCCCGUGGCUGGAGCAUCUCUAGAAAGGGGGGGUUUGGGGGGUUCCCACCCUCCUUUUGGGGUGGUUCUGUAAGGGGAAGGGGUUUAACCCCUGUAGAGAGCUCUGCAAGGUGGGUUUUGGGGGGGUUUAACCCCCCUCCGCAGCUGGGGUAGCUCUGUAAGGGAAGUUCUUGGGCGUUUAAACACCUCCUUUUUUUGGGGUCGCCCUGCAAGGGGAGAGGGGUUUAACCCUCGCACCGCAGCUGGGGAAGCUCUGAAAAAGGAGUUAUUGGGGGUUUGAACCUUCUCCCCCUAGGGGGGUUUGGGGGGGGAUUGAGGGGGUUUAACAUCCCCCUCCCAUUUAGGGCAGUUCUAUAAGGGGGGUUUGGGAGAUUUUAACCCCCCUCCCGAGCUGGGAUAGCUCUGAAAGGGGAGUUAGUGGGGGUUUGAACCCUCUCCCUUCAUUUAGGGGGGUUUUGGGGGUUCCCCCGAUCUGGGGUAGGUCUGAAAGGCGAGGUUUUGGGAGUUUAAACACUCCCCCCCUAUUUAGGGUAGCUCUACAAGGGGGUUCGGAGAGGUUUAAACAUCCCCCCCCUAUUUAGGGCAGCUCUUGCAAGAGGAGUUUAAAAUCCCCCCCCAUAUUUAGGGCAGCUCUUGCAAGAGGAGUUUAAUCCCCCCCAUAAUUAGGGCAACUCUUGGAAGAGGAGUUUAACCCCAUAUUUGGGGUAGCUCUGCAAGGGGAGUUUGGGGGGGUUUAACUUCCCCCCCACCUCAUCUGGGGUAGCUUUAAAAAGGAGGGUCUGUGGGGUUUGUGUCCCCCCCCUUUCCCUGGGAUAUCUCUGUAGGGGCUGGGUGCUCACAUCUGGCCAGAUGUGAAGUGCAGAGGGCUUUCCAAAAUAACAGAGCAGGGGUUAGAGGGGGUUUAAGCCCCCUCCUAAACCUAGGACGGGACUGGGGGCUAGUCCAGGACAACCAGAGCAGCCCAAGGAAAGGUCAUUGAGCCCCCAACCCACCCUGUGGGGUGAAGAGGAGCCCCCAAACCACCGUGUGGGGUGAAAAGGAGCCCCCAGCUGUGGGCCCACUCCUCCCCACCCUGUGGAUGCUGCAUCCCUGGAAAUGAUGCCCCCCGAGGAGGAGAACCUGGAUGGCCCCAGGAAAGGGGACAGGGACGGUGGCCUCGUCCUCCUGCACGGCCCCAAGAGCGGCAGCACUCGGAAGCAGGGCUGCGAUCCCUUCGCCCAGACCCAGCGGAGCAAACUCCAACAUCGCCGGGCCCGGAUCAACCAGCAGAUCAACAAGGAGAUGAGGAUGAGGGCGGGAGCAGAAAACCUCUUCAGGGCCACCAGUAACCACAAGGUGAAGGAGACGGUCGCCCUGGAGCUGAGCUACGUCAACUCCAACCUGCAGCUCCUCAAGGAGGAACUGGAGGAGCUCAACAGCAGCGUGGACGUGUAUCAGAACGACAGGUACGUCCCUGCCAUGCGCACCCCGAGCCGCAACGAAGCCGGGCUGGAGCUGCUGAUGGAAUAUUACAACCAACUGCACUUCCUCGACAGCCGCUUCUUCCCUCCCACCAAACCCCUGGGGGUCUUCUUCCACUGGUACGACUCCCUGACGGGGGUGCCAUCCCACCAGCGGGCACUGGCCUUCGAGAAGGGCAGUGUCCUCUUCAACCUGGGGGCCCUGCACACCCAGCUCGGGGCGCGCCAGGACCGCGCCACCCUGCCCGGCCUCGCCCAGGCCAUCGACGCCUUCCAGAGGGCAGCGGGUGCCUUUAACUACUUGAAGGAGAACUUCUCCAACGCUCCCAGCCUGGAUAUGAGCGCUCCUUCCCUGAACAUGCUGGUGAGGCUGAUGGUGGCCCAGGUCCAGGAGUGUGUCUUUGAGAAGAUGACUUUGCUCCGUGCCCAGAAUGACUUCCUGGCCCGGCUGCAGCUCGCUCAGGAGGCAGCAAAGGUGAGGACUUUGGAGAGGAGAGGACUUUGGGGAGGAGAGGAUUUCAUAGAAUCAAUUAGGUUGGAAAAGACCCCUGAGAUCGUCGGGUCCAACCCGUGGCCCAACCCCACCUUGGCACCCAGCCCAUGGCACCAAGUACCAUUGCCCUCGGAAUCUGAGCUUCCAGAGCAGGAGAAGGCUUUCAUGCAGUUCUAUGUCACCAUGCCAGAGGGACCAUCGCUCCGUGUCCUGCUGCAGGAUCCCGAGGAGAGGAGGAAGCUGGGCAAAGCUCACCUGAAAAAAGCCAUCAUGAAGCACGAGGAGGCCAUGAGGAUCCACGGGUUGUGCAAGAUCCUCAGGAAGAUGGACAUCCUGCAGGAGGUCCUGUCCUUCGCCCACAAGCGCUCCCUGAGCAAAUACUCGGAGAUCGACCACGAGGAGGAUUUCUUCGAGACGGGAGAUGCCCCAGACAUCCACCCCAAAACCCACCAGAAGCCCGAAAUCAAACCCCCCAACUUCUCCCAGGUGAAGGUGACCGACCUCUUCCACAGGCUGGGACCCCUGUCGGUCUUCUCUGCCAAAAACAAGUGGUAUCCAGCCAGGAGAGUCCACCUGAGGAGGGGAGAGAACGGAUUUGGGUUCACCCUGAGAGGAGACUCCCCCGUCCUCAUCGCCGGCGUCAUCCCGGGGGGCUGCGCUGCCGUUGAUUUGACAGCUGCGGGAACCGCGGGAGUUGCCCUGGCUCUCACUCCCCUCUCCCUCCUUCCCAAGCAGGUGGACAAGAAGGUGGCAGGGAUGUCCUCGGGGAUGCUGAAGAGCAACAAGGAGAACAGCAGGAAGAGCCUGAUGAACAGCAAGAGCCCCAGCACGCUGCUGGUGUGGAGCAAGAAGAGCAAGCGCAGCAAGAAGAGCACCUACAGCGGCGUCCCCUUCACUGCUGUGGGGGACAACGAGGCCAUGUACUGAGGGGCUCACCGGGCUCUUCUGUGUCCCUCUAGCUCCAGGACUGGCUAUCUGGGAAGUCUUGGAAGCACUGAUGGCCUGGCUGGGCUGUGCUGGUGUCGGGGCUGCCAGGACCCCUCACCCCAGGGGACAGAUCCUCUUGGAAAAGGACUCCUCUAUCUCCCAGCUCUGGACUCCUCCAUGUCCCAGCUCGUCCCUCCUCAGCGAAACAAGGGGAAAACCCUGAUUUAGUCGUGGUUUUUAAUCGGUUUUUUGUUGCUCUUCAGGGGUUGGGGGGAGUUUUGGUCUGAGCAGGGCCUGGUUUGUGUCACCAGCUCGAUGUGAGGAGCCGCCAAACCCAGCCCUCAGCCAUUAAAGCAAAAGCUGUGACCUCCUUUAGCAUCUCUUGGGCUUUCUCUGCGAGGCAGAAGAUGACACCACUGCCAGAGAGCUGCUGGCACAGCUGAAUCCUUCAGCAGCUCCCCCUGGGACCCCCCUGUUUCAGGAGAGGGGACCCCAUGGGCAUCAACAACUCAUGGUGACCCCAUCAAGGGGUCACAGCACCGGCUUGUGCAUCCACCCCUUAGAGAUCUCCCAGUGAAACGGGGUAAAAUUAGGAUGGUUUGACCAUUUUUAGUGCUUUUUUUGGGGGGGGGUGAGGUUUUUUUGUUGUUUUUUAAAUAAACCCCCAGGUUGGCUCAGCAAAUCCAGCCCCAGCUGCACAUUCAGCUUCUUUGGAAGAAAAGGGAAAGACUUACCAUUUGUUGUCUGGCCUUUUUUUUUUUUUUUUUUUUAAUCAGUAGAGGUGGAUUGGCCUAAAUAUUCCCUGAGUAGAUUAAUAGCAGAGAGCCUUGGGUUGGUGGUUUGUUGGGUUUUUUUCCCCCUCCUGGCAGGAGAUUUAAAAUUCCAGGCAGAUAACUCCUCCAGAUUAUUAAACUACUAAAUUUCUGCUGCUAUUGGAUCUUGCACACGUUGCUAAUACCCUCACACUGUGCUGUCAGCACUCCAACCCCAGGGCUGAUGCAUCCAUGCAUCUUGCUAAUUGUACUGGGAAUGCCAGGAGGCUCCGAAUCCGUGCUCGGAUCCGUCGGCAAAAUUUCCUCUCCGGCUCCUUCCUGCCUUGGGUGUUAUUUUUCCUGAAGGCUUAAAAAGCUCUGUCUGGUCUUCAGGCCUUGGAUGAUCUUGGUAGGUAUAAAAUACCCUUCAGAGAGAGGUUGUGGUUGUAUUUUUGUACUUUGGAAGUCAGGAGGAAUUUUGAGUUUCAGGAAGAGAACGUGGCAGGGAGGGGAGGGGGGGGCGGAUUGUUGCCACGGCACAAUUGGGACUUCUUCUGAGUGACUCAAUCCCCACGUGCCAAGCUCCUAACCUUUUAUUUAAGGAAAACUUAAAGGAACAAGGCCAGGUUGGGCAGGGCUUAAGGAGAACUUAAAGGAGCAAGGCCGGGUUGGACGAGGCUUGGAGCAACCUGCUCUGGUGGAAGGUGCCCCUGCCCACGGCGGGCUUGGAAUGAGAUGGCCUUUAAAGCCCUUCCCAGCCCAUCCCAUGAUUCUGGGAACUAAAGGAGGGUUUGUAGCUCUGUGCUGUUGACCAAGAA